AUGCCGUCGAAUAAAAAGCCGGGACGUGCCGAGAGGGGCAGUAAAAGCGACGACCUUGCCACUGACGCACUCAAGCCGGAAUCUGGUAAAGACAGUGCCCAAACCUCACGUCACAGUGGUAGCGCGAAACCAACUGAUUCGGAUAAUUUAGUGGUAGAUACAGGUCAGAAAUUACCGGCAGAGGUUGCUCAGAAAUCAUCGGAGGAUCCUACAGUAGUGGAAAUUCAGAGAUGCACGGCAGCCGAACGUGACCCACCUUGUGAGCAUGGUGGUUGUUCAGGCAAGGAUAACAGCAAAAUGGAUAAAUCUGUAGCACAGAAUUCGGAGAAAGAUAAGAAGUCUUGCACGGAAAAGAAGCGUGAAUGCAGGAAACCUGGGAAGAAAGUGUUGCCCCAGUCACAAAAUAUUCAGAUUUUGGAAAAGGAAGGAACCUCACAAGUGUGUAAAAAGGAGCCGGUAAAGGAGAAAAAGCAGGAUGAAGGGAAGAAAGCAGUAAAGGAAGAAAGGAGAGGAAGGAAAAAAAAGAUAACUGAAGAAAUGGGCCAAGAUAAGAUAAAUGUAAAGGAAGAAAAAGGAGGAGAAAAAGCGGGAAAGGCUACUGAUCAGCAGGAGGAGAAAGAAACGCAAAAGAGGGAGCACGAUGUGGAAAAGAAAGGUCCGAAGCGAAAGGAUGAUUGCAGUAAGCAGAAGGAAAUAAAAAAGAAACCAACGGAUACCAAAGAACGGCCAGGGAAGCAACCGCAAGAUAAGGAAAAGGUGAAGGAUAAAGAAGAGAAAGAGAAGGGGAAAGGCAACAAGGUGCAUUCAAGAAAAGGAAAGAUGGAGGAAAAUAAGGAGCAUCAAGAAAAGGGAAGAAUGAAGAGCGGCAAAGGACAUACUGAAAGAGCUGAAAUGGAAGGUGAUAAGGAGCCAGAAGAAAAGAAAGGACGGAAAAAUGAGGAAGACGCUGAAAAGGAGAAAGAAAAAGCUAGUAAAGAAAAAAACGAAAAGGAAGAAGGGGAGGAAAGGGAAGAACUAGAAGAUCAAGGACACCCUGAUAAGAGGAAAGUGAAAACCAAGGGGCAGCAGGAGAAGAAAAAGGAGUUGAAGGAUAAAAAGGAUUUGAAAGAAAAGACAAAGGCUCAGGAGCAGCGUGAGAAGCAGAAGGAAUUAGCGGAUGAAAAAGGCAAUUCGGGAAAGAAGGCGCCAAAAGGUAGCAGGAAGCAACAGGGGAGUGAAAAGGAAAAAGCGGAAGAUAAGAAGAGGCCUGUAGAAAAAGAAGAAAUUAAAAGCAUUAAGGAGCAGCAAAAAAUGGGGAAAGAGAAGCCGAAUAUUGAUAAGGUUCACUCAAAAAAAGGGGUGGACGGAGAGCGCGAAAGAAGUACAUCAAAAAUCCGACGAUCUGUCGAAAAAACCGAGAUUAAACGAGGAGACAGCAGGGAAGAUUUGGAUAUAGCUGAAUUGGUGAUUAAGAAGGGUCCAGGUCGUAGGCGGAAAAAAAGUUUGGAUAUUAAUGAACUAAGCUAUCGCAGUAUAAGCAAGGAUCGGCGUGGCAAAAGUAUGAGUUUGGAUCGGGAACAUGGGAUACCGGAAAAAGAACAGAAAUUGAAAGAAGAAAGGAAACGUUCGGAUGUGCUGGCCGGUGAG